AAUGAGUGGAGCAAGUCCUCCUUGUAGGAGUGUUUCAGCGUCACAUGUUUUUAAGCAAACUGAGCUCUAACAUGUUUUGUUAUGUUCAGAUGUGUGGCUGCUGUGACAAAAAUAGCCUUUAGCAAUUUAAACUUUAAGCAUAGCAAUUUAAUUGUUAGGACUUUAAGAUGCACAUUUCCUAUUGCUCAGAGAGUACGGUUUGCAGGGAAGAGGUGGGAAGAAGAACACUAUGAGGAUGGUGUGAAAUGGAUGUUUCUUGAACACAGUGGUCCACUGUUUGCACCUGAAUAUGAGCCACUUCCUGAUGGUAUUGAUUUUUAUUAUGAUGGUAGUCCUAUGAAAUUAAGCCUGGCAGCAGAAGAAGUGGCUACCUUCUAUGCUAAGAUGCUGGAUCAUGAGUAUACUACAAAGGAUGUCUUCAGGCAAAACUUUUUUCAUGACUGGAAGAAGGAAAUGAAUGAGCAAGAGAGAAAAAUAAUCACCGACCUAGAUAAAUGUGAUUUCACACAAAUGCAUCAAUACUUCACUGAAAAAGCAGAGGCCAAGAAAGCAUUGCCCAAGGAAGAGAAACAGAAACUAAAAGUAGAGCAAGAUGUAAUCGCUGAGAUACAUGGCUACUGUGUAAUGGAUGGACAUCGGGAGAAAAUUGCAAACUUCAAGAUUGAGCCUCCAGGUCUGUUUCGUGGACGUGGCGACCAUCCAAAGAUGGGAAAACUAAAGAAAAGGAUCAUGCCUGAAGAUGUCAUUAUCAAUUGCAGCAGAGAUUCCAAUAUUCCAGAACCUCCAAAGAAUCACCACUGGAAGGAAGUACGUUUUGAUAAUAAAGUAACUUGGCUGGCAUCAUGGACAGAAAAUGUUCAGGGGCUACUUAAAUAUGUCAUGCUCAAUCCAAGCUCAAAACUUAAGGGUGAGAAGGAUUGGCAGAAGUAUGAAAUCGCUCGGCGCCUGAAGGACAAAAUCGAUGCAAUCCGGAGUCAGUAUCAUAGAGACUGGAAAUCGAGGGAAAUGAAAACACGGCAACGAGCAGUGGCACUAUAUUUCAUUGACAAGUUAGCACUAAGAGCUGGGAAUGAAAAGGAGGAAGGAGAGACUGCUGAUACAGUUGGUUGCUGCUCACUCCGUGUUGAACACAUCAAGUUAAAUGAAAAUGAUAACGGGCAGCAGUGUGUGGUAGAAUUUGACUUCCUUGGAAAGGACUCAAUCAGAUACUAUAAUAAGGUUCCAGUGGAAAAACAGGUGUUCAAGAAUCUAAAAUUAUUCAUGGAGAAUAAGGAUCCGACAGAUGACCUGUUUGACAGAUUGAAUACCUCGGAUUUGAAUAAACACCUUCAGGAGUUGAUGGAAGGGCUCACUGCCAAAGUGUUUCGAACAUACAAUGCCUCCAUCACAUUGCAAGAACAAUUGGCUGAAUUGACUGAUCCUGAAGAAAGUAUCGCAGAAAAAAUCCUGUCUUACAAUCGAGCCAACAGAGCAGUGGCCAUUCUUUGCAACCACCAGAGGACACCCCCGAAAACGUAUGAGAAAUCCAUGAAAAAUAUUCAGGCCAAGAUUGAAGCAAAAAAGGAACAACUUGCAGUGGCAAAGAAAGAUCUAAAAAAUGCCAAGGUGGAUCAUAAAGUUAAAAAAGAUGAAAAAUCAAAACAAAUGGUAGAGAAGAAGAAAAAACUUUUACAGAGGAUAGAAGAACAACUAAUGAAAUUGGAAGUUCAAGCAACUGACAGAGAGGAGAACAAGCAGAUUGCAUUGGGCACUUCCAAACUCAACUAUCUUGAUCCCAGAAUCACUGUUGCUUGGUGCAAGAAAUGGCAUGUUCCUAUUGAGAAGAUCUACAACAAGACACAGCGAGAGAAAUUUGCCUGGGCCAUUGAUAUGACUGAUGAAAAUUUUGAAUUCUAAAGAAAAAGUGCUUAUUGAAAAAUAAGUGCGCAGUAUCUCAGGGAGUGGAAAAAAAAUCUGUACUUGAACACUGUUCAUUGAAUUUGUUUCUUUCAAUAUGUUAAAAUGUUUUUUUUUCAGUGGCUUUGUUGCACAGUUGAUGGAAAAUGUUAAUUUGAAAAAAUUAAGAUGAAAGUUUUGAAAUAUGUAAAGCUUAAUGAAAGUAAAAGUUUUGGCUUAACAGUGCUGUAUUGCAGCAUGCUUUGAUAAGUGCAUAUUGGGAAGUGAUGAGUCUCUUAAGAGAAAGCAUGCAAUUAAAUGGUGCCUUAGUGCAUCUUGCUAUUAUCUAAAAGACGUUCAUGUUAACCUGCAAGUUCCCUCUAUACAUUUGUUUUGGAAGUUGCGGGCAGUUUGUUUUAAAUGCAUGACCCUUGUUUUGUGUAGUUAUGGCCAUGUGCAAAUGGUAACUUAAAGGGGCUGACCUUAGUGUGGUCUGAAUUGGAAUGUAAGACUUUGUGAAGCUCCAAAGAGAUGAUGGUUACAUGAAAAGUACACAACCAUUGCAAUUGUGUAUGAAUAUUGCACAACAUAAAGCAGAAUGUAGUAUCUCAGUCUAGCUCAAGCUAUUCUAGAGUAAAGCAUAGAAUAAAACAAAAACAAUUGAAUGGAAAUCGUACCCUGAAAGAAAGUUAGAAAACUCAAGCAUCUAGCCCUCCUGUUUGUAGAUUAGUAUAGUCUAGGAUUGGGGUCAAGCAAUCCCUAUAUUUUUAGGCCUAAAAAGAAAACCAAGGGAAGCAAAUUAAUUGUAUAUUAUGAUCUAAAAAUAUUAUGCUUAUAUAUGGCAUUAUAUAUAUAAUGUGUAAUAAAGUCACUUAAAACAAGAAGAAACGUUGCUUGAAAAUAUCUGAGGAAAUUACUUUUUUAAAGAAAUCAUGUACUCAAAGUCUUACCCUAUGCUGGACUGGAAGAAAUAAUGAGUUUAAAGACCAACUGGAAAGGCGACGGUCAAAAAACAAUAUUGAAAGUCUCUCCUCACACUAAAUCUAGUUUCAAGAAUAGGAUUUUCUAGUAAAUGUAUUCUUCUUCCCAACACCAUCUAAGUAUCAAAUAAAUCUGAAGAACUAAGUGCUGGAAAAAUACCAGACCCACACAAAAAAAACCAGCAAGCAGCUAAACAAAUCUCAGACCUUGACCUCUUAACCUUCUCAUCAUGGUCACAAUACCAUAUAAGCAAAAAGGGAAUAUUUACAAUCUGUUCUCUUUUGUAAUUUGUGUCCCUUAUUUGAAUUUACUUUUACUAACUUGUAAUGUGGUAGUGUAAUAUUUGCUUACACGACAAAUGUUCCACCUUUGAAUUAAUAAAAAAAAAUCCAAUACGGAGCCUCCAAGAAAUAGUUGUGUGGAGAGUUUGUUAGGUGUGAUUUUACCAACCUUGCUUUAAGAGAAUCAUGUGUAUUCUGUCCAGCAUACCACAAAUGAGCUCAGUUUACCCAAGGAGGAUGAAACCGGAUUUUGGGUCCUGGGUCCAUUGCAGACAAUUAACGAAGGGCAAUGAGAUGUAGUAUCUAUUAAUUGAGCUAUCAAAGUCUGUUCUGGAAGACUUGAAAGGGCAGACCAGCUACAAAUAAGUUCAGAAUGUUUCAUUCUGCUUCAACCAAAUGUUUUCAACAUUUCACCACAAAUAUUAAAAUAAUGCAGAUUAAUGAUCAUCGGAUAAUUUGGAUGAGGAAAUCCAUUCGAUUCAUCUUAAUUCAUUCGGGACUGGAUGCUAUAUUCGAGAUGUCAUCUGGAAAGAGUAUGAAAAAGUUUGAUUACUAUCUUCUCUGACAAUUGUUUUG